AUGAGCCUUGAGCUGCCGACUACGAAGCGUGAUUGCCACGUCAUUCGUGGUUACUCCCAAUCCAAUUCGCCUUGCGCCGGCUCACCGCAACGCGAGACUACACCUUUCAUUCUUCUUACAAAUGAUAGCUAUACAGUGGGAUGGGUAUGCGCCCUCGCCAUCGAACUUGCCGCUGCGCAGGAGUUGCUGGAUGAAGAGCAUCAGACCCCGCAAGAUAGCCUUGAUCCCACUCUCUACAAACUCGGCCGCAUCGGUAACCACAAUGUUGUCUUGGCAUGCCUUCCCUCUGGACAACUAGGCACUCACUCUGCCGCCAUAGUUGCAGCGCGAAUGACGUCCAAGUUCAGGUCAAUCCGCUUCUGCUUGAUGGUUGGUAUCGGCGGCGGUGUCCCCAGCCCUGAAGCAGAUAUACGACUUGGGGAUGUAGUAAUCAGUCAACCUGACCAACAGUACGGAGGAGUAGUGCAGUACGACUUUGGGAAGACCGUGGCAGGUGGUCAACUGGUACGAAUGGGGUCGCUUAACGCACCGCCGGCAGUGCUACUUAACGCAGUCUCAGAGAUACGAGCGCUCCACUACCGAAACCUUAGCAAUCUCGCUACACAUCUCGCUACUUUCAAUCGGUUAGAACGCUUCAGUCGUAGUACAGCCGGGCGCGACGUGCUAUUUGAGGCAAUGUAUCGCCACAUUGGAAGAGCAACAACAUGUGAGUCAUGUAGCAGAGAGAAAGAAGUAGAGCGACCUCCACGGAUGGAUCAAGAUGUAGUGAUCCAUUACGGUACGAUAGCCUCAGGCAACAAGGUCAUGAAGGAUGGCAGUACGAGGGACAGGCUUAGCGCGGAGCUAGGCGGAGUAUUGUCCUUUGAAAUGGAGGCAGCAGGACUGAUGAAUAGCUUCCCUUGCCUUGUUAUUCGAGGUAUUUCCGAUUAUGCGGACUCACACAAGAACAAGAAGUGGCAACCCUACGCGGCUGCCACAGCUGCUGCAUGUGCUAAGGAAAUCUUGUCGGUUAUACCUGCAGCUGACGUAGCCUCCACGCAUACUGUGAAUGAGGCCAUAAAAGAAACCAUGUCGACCGCUAUUAAUGAGUUGGAUCUAGAUCAGUUCCUUCUUUUGCUAUCGGGAGUGGACCGCGACGAGCAAACAUCUGCAAUGCCACUCCUGGAUCGUGAUAACCCUAUGUUCUGUUGGAUUUUUAGGAACAUAGAUUUUAAGGAAUGGGAAUCUGGCAAGUGUCCUCAAGUUCUUUGUCUCUGUGGCCCGGCUCAAUGCAGCAUCUCUCAAGUCUCAUCGUACAUUUUAAGGCGAGCAAAAAAGUCCGACUGUCGCGUUUUACACUUUUUCUGUUCUGCUGCAACUGGAAGACAACCAAUUGUCGCUGUUUUCGUUCAUACGCUCCUUGCACAGAUAGUCCGUUAUUCGACGGUGGGCCGUGGAAUACUUACCAUCCGCCGUUUCUUCCAUAGACUUCUUCUGGAGGCUUUCCAAGACGGAGCAGUUCCUCAUUGGAAAGACCGAGGCUUCCUGGAACAAGACCCCCCAAAAAGCGUAAAGAAGAUCCUCGAUGUCGCAACAUCAAAUGAAUUACUAACUGCCCUAAAAACGGCUCUGGACGAUGAAGCGGAACGAGAUUUAUUACUUGUCGUCGACGGGUUAGACAAAGUCAAGCAUCAGAGAGGCGAGUUCGUCAGUGGUGUUGAAGAAGUCAUGGAAUAUCUACUGCAACGAAACUCAAAAGCGAAGAUUCUGCUCUCCAGCGAACCACUGGAUGAAAUUAAAGGUCUAAUUGACAGGGUUCGAUGCAUUGAGCAUGAUAGGGAAAGAAUAGAGUGCUUAGAGAGCCUUCGCUUUAAUAACACUCGCUACGACAAAAUUUCCGAAGAGCAGAAAGGCUCCUUCGAGUGGAUUUGGACGCAUAGCGAGUAUAGGGACUGGAUUACCCAAAAUACCUCCCGAGUUUUAUACAUCCAAGGAAAACCUGGAAGCGGCAAGAGUACUCUUACAAAGUAUUUUAACCACAACCUCCUAAAGCUAGAGCCAGCAGCAAAAUCGGCAAUUGUGGCGAGAUUCUUUUACAGUUUUAGAGAGGGUGAGCUUCAAAGAAGUCACUAUAAUAUGCUUUUGUCGAUUCUGUAUGACAUAUUACGCCAGGACGUGAACUUCUUUUACCAUCAAUUUCAAACUGAGUAUCGACUUCAGCCUCGCGGUGGCCUUCGCGUUAAUUGGGCUUACGCAUCAUUAAAGAGAGUUCUCAGAUCUUUACAAGAUUACUUAUCAACGCAGCGGUUCUAUUUGAUCAUCGAUGCGGUAGAUGAGUCCGAGGAAUCCGACAGGCGGGAUAUACUUAAGCUACUUUUCGAACUUUGUUCCAGAGUGGAAUACUGCGUCAUCAAGGUCUUCAUUGCAAGUCGGCCGGUAGCACAGCUUGAGGCCCGCCGGGGCCAAUUUCAUAACUUUAUAAGGUUACAGGACGCAACAAGAUUGGAUAUCUUUAAUUUCGCUUAUUCAUUACUUGAUGGCCUCAAUCUUACGCAUCUUCUUGCCCAAGCAACUGAAUACAUCGUUAAAAAUGCUCAGGGGGUAUUCUUGUGGGUAAAAUUGAUUGGGGAGGAGCUGGUGAGCUUCCAUGAGGAGGGCUGUUCUGAGAAACAGGUUUUUGACUUGCUCAGAGAGCUUCCUACCGAGCUGGAAGACUUCUACGAGCACAUGCUCAAGAAAAUGACGAGAAAAAAUCUCUUAGAUGGGAUGAAAAUGCUCCGGUUCGUCCUCUUUGCAAGACGCCCACUUGCUGUGGAUGAACUACUUCAUGCUCUUGGUAUUCCAGAUGACCCUGAACUUUAUCCCAAGUUCACUCCUUCAGACGAUUCAUUUCAAAAAAGUGUUCCCUCAUCCGAGCUACGUAUCCUAUCUUGCGGAGGCAACUUCUUGGAAAUUAAGCGACACGAUGAAAACAGGAUAGUUCAAGUCAUGCAUCAAACUGUCCGCGAGUUCUUCCUGAAAAAUAGCGGGUAUAUAGCGAACUCUGGCUUUCGGAUGUACGAGAAAGAUGCCCAUAUUGGUAUAUCUAUAACCUGUAUCCGGUAUCUUAUGCUCUGUGCAGUAAACACCGCUCUAGUACAGAGACUACCAGAUGUCAGAUUCUGGACGCCAAUCCACUUCGAAAAGUACACCCGAUACCUAAACAAAAGGCCACUGGCAGUGUAUGCACUAAGCUAUCUCAAAUAUCACAUUAAUAAGUGCAAGCCAAAUGCCAAUAUUAAACGUGCUAUUUCUCAGCUUAAUAGAGAUUUGAUCGAUGAUCCAACUGCUUACUUGCUGGAGAGUUGGGCUGGAGCACAUUUAAAUCACAUUCCCUUAAUUAAUAAACGGGCCGUUAUCGCUAAGGACUUUAGGCACAGAGCCCUGCAUACCGCAGUUCGGAAAGGAUUUUGUACAACUGCUGAAGUGUUAUUAGCAGUUGGUGGAGACGUCGAUUCGACGGACUUAUGCGGUCGGACGGCGCUACUUGUAGCUGCCGAGAACGGACACAAUGCUAUCGUUAGACUAUUGCUUAAUUACGGCGCUAAUUACGAGUUAAAGGACAGGAUUUAUAGUCAGACACUACUCUCGUGGGCUGCCGAAAAGGGAAAUAAGGCAAUCGUCGAGCUGCUGCUCGAUAAAGGAGCCGACGUUAAAUCUAAAGAUGAGUACGGUCGAACGCCGCUACUCAUAGCUACUGAGAACGGGCACAAUACUAUUAUCGAGUUGCUGCUUAAAAACAACGCUGAUAUCGAGUGUAAAGAUAAGGCAAAUCAGACGCCGCUACUUAUAGCUGCUAAGAACGGGCAUAAUGCUAUUGUUGAGUUGCUGCUUAAAAACGGCGCCGAUAUCGAGUGUAAAGACAGGGCGAAUCGGACGCCGCUAUUUAUGGCUGCUGAGAACGGGCACGAGGCCGUCGUCAAGCUGCUGCUCGAGACGGGUAUAAUCGAUGUCGAGGCGAGGGAUAACUAUGGCGGGACGCCGCUAUAG